AUGCGCUCCCAAAUCCGCCUCCUCCUGGCGCUGCUCUGCGCGGCCCCCGCGGCGGCGGCGCCGCCUCCGUGGGAGCGGGCGUGGAGCGAUCCCGGCGUGUGGGGGGAUGAGCGGGCGCAUUCCCGGCCGCAUUCCCGGGCGCCGGUGGAGGUGCAGUGCCAGGAGGCGCGGCUGGAGGUCACCGUGCACCGGGACCUGUUCGGCAACGGGCGCCUGGUCAGCGCGGCCGAGCUCAGCCUGGGCCCCGCCGCCUGCAAACAUUCCCGCCUGGAUCCUUCCCAAAAAACCGUCACCUUCAGCGCCGGCCUGCACGAGUGCGGCAGCACCGUCCAGGUCACUCCGGAUUCCCUGAUUUACCGGACUCUCCUGAGCUACGAUCCCAGCCCCGGCAGCAACCCGGCCAUCGUGCGCAGCGACCCGGCCGUCAUUCCCAUCGAGUGCCACUAUCCCAGGCGGGAUAACGUGUCCAGUAACGUCACCAGCGGCUCCAUCCGUCCCACCUGGGCUCCCUUCAACUCCGCGCUGGCCUCCCAGGAGAAGCUCCUGUUCUCCCUGCGCCUCAUGAACGAGGACUGGAGCUCGGAGCGGGAUCUCUCGGCGUUCCGCCUGGGGGACGUGCUGAACAUCCAGGCCGAGGUGGGCGCCCACAGCCACGUCCCGCUGCGGCUCUUCGUCGACUCCUGCGUGGCCACCCUGGGCCCCGGCGCGGGCAACGAGCCCCACUACGCCAUCAUCGACUUCAACGGCUGCCUGGUGGACGGCCGCUCCGAUGCCACCAGCUCGGCCUUUGUCACCCCGCGGCCGCGGCAGGACGUGCUGCGCUUCCAGAUCGACGCCUUCCGCUUCGCCGGCGACCCGCGCAGCCUGAUCUACAUCACGUGUCACCUGAAGGUGACGCCGGCCGAGCAGAGCCCGGACGCGCUGAACAAGGCCUGCUCCUUCAGCAAGGCGCGCAACGCCUGGGCGCCCGUGGAGGGGACAAGGGACAUCUGCAGCUGCUGCGAGCGGGGCAACUGCGGCCAGCGGCCACCAGAGCCCUGGGACGGCCACCGCUACCGCAGACAUGACGGGCACGGUGCCACCUCUGAAGCCGACGUUGUCAUCGGUCCCGUGCUGCUCGCGAGUGCCCAGCAUGGCCAGCACCCCGAGGGCCACCAGGGCGCGGUGACGCCGCUGGCCGUGGGGACAGCGCUGGCCUGCGCGGUGGCCGUCGUGGCCGUGGCCGGAGCAGCGCUGGCCAUCGGCCUCAGGCACCGGAAUUCCCGAUAAAGCCCGGAAUGAGCAACGGAAAUCCCGAAAAAUCCCACAAGGAGCGACGGAAAUCCCAAAAAACCCCGGAGUGGCCGACAGAAAUCCCAAAAAAAUCCCACAAGGAUCCAUGGAAAUCCUGAUAAACCAUGGAAUGAGUGACGGAAAUCCCAAAAAAUCCCACAAGGAUCGAUGGAAAUCCCAAAAAACCCCAGAAUGAGUGACAGAAAUCCUGAUAAACCCCGGAAUGACCGGCAGAAAUCCCAAAAAAAUCCCACAAGGACCAAUGGAAAUCCCACAAGGACCGAUAGAAAUCCCAAUAAAUCCCACAAGGACCAACAGAAAUCCCACUAAACCCUGGAACGAGUGAUGGAAAUCCCAACAAAAUCCCGCAAGGAUCGAUGGAAAUCCCAAAAAAUCCUGGAAUG